GCAUUGACGUGCAGCAGCAGCACAUGCAUUACCAGUCCGCCGCGUCAUAAUGGAAUUCAGCACGUGGAAGGGCAAUGGAGCUGGCUCGCCUACCGCGCUGAAAGAAGAUGCGAAAGCGAGCGCGGUCCAUGCGUGUGCAUUGUAUGCGCCACACUAGCCGGUGUUUCCGUGGGUAGUGGGACCAUCGACUUUCGUUUCUGCAUCGUACUUUCCUCGGUUUUCUCCUAUGAAUGUUAUUAUGGGAAACAAACGCUAAUGCCUUGUGUUCGCUGCUGCGUUUCCAGGACAGUGGGCUGGGAGGUGGGGGCGGGGCGCCGGCGGAACAGGAGCAGGUGGACAGGGCCGAACCGCACUCCGCCUCUGCAGCCAGUGAGGCACCUGGGCCCGCGAGGCCUAGGAGGGGCCGGACAGUUACCAACGCGGCCCGGGAAGCAGAGGAGCUGCCCAGGGGCUGCGGCGGCUAGAGUGGGCAGCUCCGCCGGGCCCAGGGUCCAAGUUCAAGCCUCUGAUGGCCUCCGUGGACUGGACCUCUCUGUGGGCGAGAGUGGGGAGUCGAAACUCAGAAGGGAGCGAACGAAGAGGAGCCCAGCAACGACCAGCUCAACGUGGCUCCAAGCAGCGGGCGUUGAAAAUUGCCUCGAUUGUCACCUGGAGUGACACAGAGUCCAGGCAGCCCAGCCUCCCCGAGGAGUCGGACCACAGGGCCAUAGGGCGCUCCUCCUACGAGCUGUUCGCCGCCUCAGUGGGCAACCCGGAGUGGUUGAGAUUUUGCCUGAAUCAGGACCCUGAGGAAAUCGCGACCGACGACAAAGGCUUCGCUGCCACCCACUUUGCCGCCCAGGGGGCCAAGCUCGCAUGCCUGAAGGUCUUGAUAGAGGAGUACAAGUUUCCUGUGGACCUGCGCACCAGCAAGAGCCAGACCCCCCUGCAUCUCGUCAUCCAUAGGGACAACAAGGCUAUAGCCAUCCCCUGCAUUCGCUACCUGCUGGAGCAGGGGGCAGCCCUCAAUGCUCAGACGUGCAAUGGUUCCACACCCCUGCACCUGGCAGCCCGCGAGGGCCUGCUGGCCUGUGUGAAGUUCCUGGUACAGAGUGGUGCAGAUGUCCAUGCCCGAGAUGCCAUGGGUUGCAAGCCCAUCGACCUCUGCAAAAUAUGGAACCACCGCACCUGUGCCCGGUUUUUGAAGGAUGCCAUGUGGAAACGGGACAAGAAGGACUUUGCCUGUGAAAUGGGGAAACUGAAGAAGCUCAAGGACCAACUGAUCGUCCUGGAGCAGAACUACCUGGCUGAGUAUCAAAAACAACUCCAACUUCUGAGAAAAGCUGAUUACAGGAAGUGGCUCCACUGCAAGCAGCUGCUAGGCCAGAGACACUCCCUGAACCCCCCCACCAAGCAAGAGGCCAGUGCCCCACCAAGGACCAUCGCCCUCUCCAUGGCCUCAGAGUACCAGGGGUUGCAGCCUUCGAAGCACUUCCACCCCUUUGCGAAGGUGCACCGGCAAUGCAUACCACAGCCCAACGACACAGUCAAGCCCAUCUACCCACAGCAAAUGGUUAGGCGGCCCGAGAUGUGGAACUCUAGCAACAACCCUGCCAGACCCCCCACCACCCAGAUCAGCUAUCCGCAGGGCAUCCGCAUGAGCGUGCAUCCAGACCCCAGCGGGGAGCACGACUUCAGCAGCUUCUUGAAGGUGACGCCCGACAGGCACGGCGGUGCGCGGCUGCGCACGGUGGACGGCCACUGGGUGGCGCCCGUGCCUCGGCUGCCUUUCGAGGUGGUGGUCCGUGCGCUGUACCCUCAGGUGCAGCCCUAUAGGAUGAAGGUGCCCCAGGGUCUUUACCCCAUCAGCAUGCAAAGCAUGUCCGGGAAGCGACACCUCGGGAAUGACAACUUCUGGACUGACGCUCUGGCCAUGAGCCUGCGUGAGACAUUUGAUGAAGCCUUCCUGGAAACCAUGAGAGCUCAUGGAGGGCUUCCUGCUCUCCCCUCUCCCAAGGCCCCCCUAUAAAGUUAUUUUAGUAGCCUCUUGACC